AUGUUUCAUAUUGGAGAUGCCAUGGGACCCGAUAAAGCCAAAAAGGGAGACUGCAAGAAACAAUCCACCACGCCAAUUUUGGACACUGCUACAACCAUCAACAGUCGGACACUGUUGGACAAUGACCAGACGUUCCAGCAAGAAACUGUCGUUGGAAAAAGCAGUAGCAUACAUUUGGCGACUUCUGUCCAUGGUCCCUGGACACCCUUGCUCAACAAUACACUGAUUGGAUGCAAUAAUCCAGCUCCGUUUGUGCAUCAUCCCACUGCCGACAACAACGAGCCACAACAGGAUGACAGUAGUAUUGAACCCGGUAUCUAUGUCGUUUGUGGUCGCGCCAAUCACAGCACCCUGAUGCACGCACAAGACAUCUGGGGGCCGUGGAAGACUGUGAGUCAAAUCACGCCCUUUCCCGAGGACGACGACACUUCAUCACCAGCCACCACAACAUAG